CCAUUUCAAAAGGUCAAAUUUUGUUGAUACUGGAAGCCAUUAAUAAGCCAAAAAGCAAAACGCUUAAAUGUUUAAUAAUAGGCGAAGCAUCGAAAGAAGUUUUCUUAGAUGAAGCCUGUGAAGGAUGUUUUAGUACAAAAGAGUCACUCCUUUUGUUUCCAUUGCCAAAAAUUGCUAAAUGCUUUAAAAAACCAUUUACAACUUCAAUUUAUCUGAGUGAUGGUAAAAUCCUUCAUCCCAAGUUUCGUAAUAGACAUGCCAUGAUUGACACUACAAAAAUAUCAUCACUGGGAUCUUUCAUUUGCUCACCCAAUCUCCCUAGUAUUAGAUCUACAAGCCUAGUUGAAAUAUUUUUCACUGUAUCAGUAAUGUUUUGUGUUCAUGAAAAAAAUGAAGCAGAACUUGCUGCUUUAAAUGAGAACUCAAUCCUAUUGUCAGAGAAACUCACACCAGACCAAAUAUCUGCUGUGAUUUAUGAUUUAACUGCAACUGCAAAUCUGCUUCAGAAUGACCUACUAUUACCAAAAAAUAUUAGUAACUGGUUAGAUGAGGUAUAUUUAACAAAGAAGACUCCUAUUAAGGCAUAUCAAAUAUAUGAGUUAUUUACAGACGAACAAUUUGAACAAAAGGAAGUGUCACCUUCAAUGUCAGUACAGCGCCCUAUAGACACUCACCCUCCACCUCCUCUACCACCUAGACGAAGCAUAAGUCUACCACCUCCAUCACCUCCAUCACCUCUGAUAAGUCCAGUACAAGUUUCUACUCAAAACAACUGUGCUUAUGGUAUAACAAAAUGGCAAGAAAGUCCAGUACAUGCAGCUACUGAAUCAAAGCAACCGGUUAGCAAAAUGGGGCAGUAUUUUGAUAUGAAUAGGAGGUUAUUAGCAGAUUAUGAUGCUUCAGAAAUAGGAGAGUUUCUUGGUCUAAUGGGAUUAAAGCAGUAUGCUGCUACAUUUUCAAAUGAAUUAGUUGACGGAAAAUUAUUCUUUGAAUUGGAUGAUGUAAUGCUUGAAGAGGAUCUCAGUGUUACUAGCAGACUACAUCGAUUAAGAAUGAUGAGAAUUAUCAGAGGAGAACAACAUGUGAAUGAUUUUCUAACUGCCUAGACUGUAUGUUAACUAAAUUAAUUGAAAUCCUAAAUAUUAUAAUAUUUUGACAUUAACUAUUUUUAUGCUGCUCAAAACAAA